AUGCCGCCUCUGCCGGAAUAUCGUACUGCUGGUCCGAUGGAGUACGAUGUCGACCAAAGGCCCGCACCCGAUUCGUCUCCCACUGACUCGAUGGACAUCGAACUUGAUCAGGCGUCUCAGUCAGAGAGUCCACCUCGAUCAUUGAAAGAGGAGAAGUCGGCUGCGAGUGGCGACAGAAUCUCAAACAGUCCAGCCGCGGCGGACGUCAGCUUGUCCGCGGCCCCGACAGUGAAAGGCAAGCGUCGGGACUCUCAUCACGCGGUAUCGGAGCCUCACAAAGACGAACUCAAAAAGGCGAAAGAACCCAAGAACUUUUUCAAAGUUGGCAAGGUCUUUUAUGCCCGACUCCCGGACUUAUUCGACCACAAGGGCAAGCCACUCGACCCGAAAUACGACGACAGCAGGAGCACUUCCACCCGCUCCGGGUCCCUGACGCAGAUCUCGCCCGGCGAGUGGGUGUUUGCAAAAACCCGCCCAUGGGUGGUGGUGCGGGAGGGCCCUCUAUCUUGCCAGGCGGUCCCCGUGAAUUCCUACGGCCACAGAGCGACGGGCAAGUGGGGAAUCAAGGCUAGCGACCACGCCAUAAUCUACUCGGGCAGGGUAGCAGCAGAGCCGCUACCCGAAGAGGGAUUGAUGCAGCCGUUUGCUAUCCGCGUUGAUGCUGAUAGGAACGAGGAGAAACUCGAUCCGCUGUCACGAGUGGACUUCGGCCGACCACAAACCAUCCAGCAUUACGCCAAGGUCAAGAGCUUCGGGAUGGUGAACAGUGACUCGGUGGCGAACCUCGUGAGCCAGUGGAGGAAUGUGAAUUUGGAGGACACGCGACACGCGUCGCCGGUGAAAGUGGCGGAGCGUCGUCCGGGUGGAACGACGUCUUCGAGUUCAUCCUCGCAGUACCACCGGGCGUACAACGAUUUGGUGAAGAUGGGAUGGAUCCACGACGACGUUAUCAAGUUCCUCGAGCCGACCCGAAACGCUGCCAUUAGCAAGACGAGAGGGCGUCGACAUCGUGCCUCCACUGCAAGUGGAAAUGCCGACGUCGCUGCCAGGGGGGAUGGUCCGGCCACCGAAGAAGGUCAUGCGAUGGCAAAUGGAGACGAGCACCACAGCGCUGGAAGUUGAGCUCGACAAAUGAUGCAAGAGUUGUGACGUCUUCCGGUGCAGAAUGGUGAAGGCGUUUGGAACUGUUAUGAGGGAGUAGCUUCACAGUUGUAGAUUUGUCAACAUUCGUGCUCCGCCGGAGAGGCAACGCAAGUUGCACUGCAUUUGUUUCACAGCAAGCGUUCACUGCCAGACUCAGUGCUGCCUUGAUGCUAUGAACAGGGCUUAGAUGAGCGAGUCAUCAAUCGUAGGCGGCAAGGUGUAGGUGAUGAUCACCAAAAUUAUUCGAGCCCAGGGCGUGUACCGGAGUGUGUCUCAUUGACGUUAGAAGCUGAAUGUCUAGAGGUAGCGCCGGGUCCACCGCCUA